CACGCAUGACCCUUUGCCACCCCAAACUAAUUCUGGCGCGCGUCGUCUUCGUCUACGCACACAUUAACGUUGUUCCCAUGUUUUUCAGAAUCUCAGAGAAUCUUUCUGCUCUUCUCUUCUCUUUCUGUUCAUAAAUAUCUCAUCUUCGAUUUUUUCUGUUUCAUGCAUUUUCAUAGAUCUGAGCCUCCAUUUUGGUCUCAUACAUGACCUACAUGCUCUCUAUCAUUUUAUCCUCCAAAACGCUUUGCCCUCUUCUCCUAGUCUCUCAUGGUGAGAGACACCAAAGCGUCGCCGCAAAACACCAAUGUCCAGGGCCUUAUUGUGGGCAAUUAUUGCCAUGACGUUCUUAUACGCGAUGGUCUCGUCGUCGGGGAGACUCUUGGGGGCGCCGCCUCUUUCGUCUCUGCCGUGUUCGAUGUUCUCUCCAUCUCCUUCCGAUUGGUUUCGAAGGUCGGAUCAGACUUUGCUUACACGACGAAACAUCGCCCGAUUUCAGUUCCUACUUCGAAAACCACUAUCUUCCACGCGUAUUUCGACUCUGCGGUCGACGCAGCCGGGCACCAAGAUCGGGUCCUGAAACGGCCAUGUGCUUGCGACCCGAUUCGUCCGUCCGACCUUCCUGCGGCGGCGGCGGCGUUUCAAUUUGGGAUGGCUGUCGGGGUGGGUGGGGAGAUAUCGCCGGAAACUCUGGAGAGACUUCUUGAUAUCUGUAAUAUAGUGUUUGUUGAUGUUCAGUCGCUGAUUCGAACAUUUGAUAUUGGUGAUGGGACCGUGAAGCUUGUUGGGUUGAAGGAUAGUGGAUUCUUCCAUCUCCUUCCCCGGAUUGGGUUUAUAAAAGCAUCAUCUGAUGAGGCAUUUUUCUUUGACUUGGAUGAGGUGAGGAAACUGUGUUGUGUUGUAAUUACGCAUGGGAAGAAUGGGUGUAAGGUAUAUUGGAAGGAUGGGGAAAUAGAAAUUGCUCCAUUUACAGCGAAUCAGAUUGAUCCGACAGGUGCAGGAGACAGUUUCUUAGGUGGUUUUGCUGCGGGGCUAGUUCAAGGUUUAGCUGUGCCUGAUGCUGCAUUACUAGGCAACUUCUUCGGUUCAUUGACUGUGGCACAAGUGGGCCCACCAAAGCUUGACAUGACAUCAAUUCAGGAGAAUAUUGUUUCACAAAUAGGCAUCUAGUCCCUUAGCAAAAGAUAUCACAAAUGUAAGUAUUUCCCACCCAUUUUGUUGCUGUAAUGUUUUGGAUCUCAGAUGGUUAAGGAUGAGAUGCACAGAAGGGUACGGGACUUUCCAUAUCCGAAGAAAAUGAAGAUGGCUGAGCUUGCAAAAGCCAUUGGAUCAUCAACAAUUCUAUGCAGCCCUUGAUGCUGCCAGAUCAUUAGUUUUGUGUUAGAUUCAGGAAUCCACUCAACUACCCUAAAGUGUUGGAGCACAAAAGAUCAAAGACGAAGUUGUUGCUGCAUCCUAUCCAUGAGGGACCCUGUAAACCACGAGAUAUGGGGGACCGCUGCUAAAGACUUUUUGUAAAAAUAAAUCAAUUAAUCAAGUUUGUAUCAAAUAAACUGUUAGCAUGGUCCGCUCAUUCUUUAAUGAAUUUUGAUUCUAACGUA